GCGUGUUAGUUUUCAUGUAGACGUAGCAGUGGUCGAAGCGCGUGACGCUCGCAGGCUACGACUAUACAUAUACUGGUAUUAUUACAAUAAUUUUUGAGGUUCAUUGUCUUUGUUUUUUUAUUAUCAUUCUUGUUUAUUUAUUUAAAAAUAAUUUAACCAAUGGUUAUGAAACUUAUUGUGGUGAAUUUUUUAAUUUUGUUUACAUUUAAUUGUCAUGGACAGACAAAAUCAAGAGAAACUCAUUUUCCGGGUUAUCAUUUUUGUGGACCGGGCACGGACUUUUUGGAACGCAUUGCUCGUGGUCAGCUUGGGAUUAAUAAGCUAGACGAAGCAUGCCGGUCACAUGAUUCUGUUUACACAGACAGCACGGAUCUUAAACUGAGAAUGGAAGCCGACAUGAAAUUGGAGAUAGCAGCAUGGGAGCGAGUGAUAGCAAAGGAUAGCAGUUACAAGGAGAAAAUCGCUGCAUGGAUGGUGACGAAUAUCAUGAAAGUGAAACGAAAGUGGAAUACUCGACGUCUACAACGGGAAUUUGGUAAAAAACCUAGUGAAUUGUCUCCCGCGAAUAAAAAACCUCGACGGCGACGUUCAAUGGAUGACCAUCAUACAACUUGGUUGCGGUACCGAUUAUAAUAUAAGAAUUAUACAGAGAUUGAAAUAAAAUAAUUUUGGCUUGGAACUAUAAUACCUACAAA